AUGGUCUUCCUCCGAACAUGGCUUCUAAGCGCGACCGUUGAAUUUCGGCCGCUACUCAUGAGUGCCACUAUACCCCUAGAACUUGAACAUGCCCGGUGCCAUAGAUCGUCCAAAAACUGCCCAGACCCUCGUCAUUAUACUACUGUUUGGGCUCAAACUCAUCUGAGUAGAGAUACCGAGAUGGCUCCAUCCGUCUCAACUACUAGAUUUGGUUCUCCACUCUGGGACUAUGACAUAUCACUAAAUGUUAUGUGCAUCAUGCAAAAGUAUCAGUCACAGAACCUUUACUACCGUACCCCCAAACAUUCUCUUCCUAUUCACAACCUGGACGAUAUCCCGGACGAAAACGUCUUGAGUAAGGCUACCUUGCGCGACAUGCAGAUUACGUUCCGAUGGAUCGUGUCUCAGCCUAGUGGUUGA